AUGUCCCAGGUGAUGUCCAGCCCCCUGCUGGCAGGAGGCCCCGCAGUCGGCUUGGCUCCCUGUGAGGAACCCAGGAGGGCCCUGCACCCAGCACCCAGCCCUGGCCUGCCGCCCCAGUGUCUUUACUACACCACAGAAGGCUGGGGAGCUCAGGCCCUGAUGGCCCCCAUGCCCAGCAAGGAGCCCCCCAGCAGGCUCCAGCAGGCCCCACAGGCUGGAGCCAAAGCCAGCUGCCUCCCGCAGUCCCCUGGGGAGCAGGCCUCGGGAGCCCUGGAGGACCUUGACUCCUACAUUGACUUCUCGCUGGAGAGCCUCAACCAGAUGAUUCUGGAACUGGACCCCACCUUCCAGCUGCUCCCUCCAGGGCCUGGUGGCCCCUGGGCUGAGCCCACCCAGAGCACUACCUCGAGGAGAAAGAAAGAAGAGCCUGAAGCUUUGGAUAUAAAGUACAUCGAGGUGACCUCGACCAGAUCAAGGUGCCACGACGGCCCCCAGAGCUGCUCCAGCCCGUCUGUCACCCCACCCUUCGGCUCCCCUGGCCGUGGCGCCCUUCUCCUUUCCAGAGACAUCCCCCGAGAGACUCGGAGCAGCAGCGAGAGCCUCAUCUUCUCCGGGAGCCAGGGCAGGGGGCACCAGCGCCCCUCUCCCCCCUCGGAGGCCCCCUCCCCUCAUCCCCCACCCUCUCCCAGCAUCUCCAUCCCUGGAAUGGGAAACAAGGCCUCAGGCCGCCAUGGCUUGGGCUCCCCACUGGUGGCUUCCCCAGCCUUGGAGAAGGGGCUGGGGGGCAGGGUCUCCAUGCUGUCAGCCAGCCCAGCAUCUGAUGUCAGUUACGUGUUUGGAAGCCAGUCCUUCCUCUGCUCCAGCAUCUCCAGCCAUCAGUCAUCUUCGAGAUCCUUGGAAAGCCCAGCCAGCUCUUCCUCCAGCCUCCACAGCCUUGGCCCGGUGUCCUUGUAUACGAGAGCCAGUGACCUCCAGGUCCCCAGCAACCCCACCCCAAGCAUGGGCCAGCCCAGAGCAACCCAUUCCUCACCACUGGCCAAGGAACAUGCCAGCAGCUGUCCCCCAUCCAUCACCAACUCCAUGGUGGACAUACCUAUCGUGCUGAUCAACAGCUGCCCAGAACCAGGAUCUCCCCCGUCACAGAGGACCCCAGGACACCAGGACUUUGUCUGCCCUGGGGCUACUUCUUCCAGCAACCCCUGUCCAGCCACCAGGAGCCACAGCCAGACCCUGCCAGAUGCCCCUCUCACCACAUCCCCAGAGGGUCCUGCCAGGGACAUGCAGCCCACCAUGAAGUUUGUGAUGGACACAUCUAAAUACUGGUUUAAGCCAAGCAUCACCCGAGAGCAAGCCAUCGAGCUGCUGAGGAAGGAAGAGCCGGGGGCUUUCAUCGUGAGGGACAGUUCUUCAUACCGAGGCUCCUUCGGUCUUGCCCUGAAGGUGCAGGAGGCCCCUGCACCUGCCCAGAACCGAUCAGGCGAGGAUGGCAACGACCUCAUCCGCCACUUCCUCAUCGAGUCUUCUGCCAAAGGGGUGCAUCUCAAGGGAGCCGAUGAGGAGCCCCACUUCGGGAGCCUCUCUGCCUUCGUGUGCCAGCAUUCCAUCAUGGCCCUGGCCCUGCCCUGCAAGUUCAUCAUCCCGAAGAAAGAACUGGGAGGUGGAGACGGGGCCUCAGACCCCUCUGCAGACGGCCGGGCCUCCUGCCUGAAGAAAUCUGCGGGUUGCCAUGCCCUGUACCUGAGCUCCGUGAGCGUGGAGACCCUGAGCGGAGCCCUGGCUGUGCAAAAGGCCAUCUCAACCACAUUGGAGAGGGAUGUCCUCCCCACACCCACCGUGGUCCACUUCAAAGUCACCGAGCAGGGCAUCACCCUGACUGACAUCCAGAGGAAGGUGUUUUUCCGGCGCCAUUACCCCUUCGCCACCCUCCGCUUCUGUGGCAUGGACCCCAAGCAACGGAAGUGGCAGAAAUACUGCAAGCCCUCCCGGAUCUUUGGGUUUGUGGCCAAGAGCCAGACCGAGUCCCAGGAGAAUGUGUGCCACCUCUUCGCGGAGUAUGACACUGUCCAGCCAGCCUCGCAGGUCAUCAGCCUAGUGGGUGCUCUGCUGCAGGACCCAGAAAGGAUGUAG